AUGGUUCAGAGGUACGAGGAGCAGACAACGGAGAAGGUGAUGGAGUCGACCAAGAAAUCAGUGAUCAGCACGCGCCUAGUACCGCAGAAGCUGAGAGAGCACCUGAUGUUGAAUGUGACGAGGUUCACUACGUACGCGUUGGUGAGGGCAGAGGUGCUGAACCAUUCGGGAUCAAAACAGGCGGCGCUGGCACUCAACGGACCCGCGCCGAUGGAUUUAGACGCGCUGACGUUCGGCAAGCAGGGCAAUGACGGCAAUAGUAAGAACAGCAGAGGCGAAGACAACAGAGGUAAGGGCUGUGGCCAUGGUGGCACCUCACAGCGCAAGUCUUGCUUGAAGAAAGGUCAUGCGCUCAAGGAAUGCAGGAAGGCAGCGCAGGACAUGAAGGGCAGUAAGGUCAAUGAAGACGGGCCCCGAAGGAUCAGUAAGGGCACGGGCAGGGGCAAUGACGAGACUGGUAAGACGAAUGCGCCGACGCCCGAGCUCACGGACAAGGAUGAGGGCUGCGUCUUCAUGAUCGGGGCUGGCGAGGGGGGGGAGUUCGACCGCGCAGAGAAGUUAGAUCGCAAUGAGGAGUCGGAGAAGGGGCCGAAUUACGACGAGUAUGAGAAUGACGAGAGGCUUCUGAUUUCGAUUAAUAACUUUUUACCAGGUGGGAUGAUCGAGACGGUACGUGUGGAGGUAUUUGGCACCAAGCAAUCGGUCCGAUGCCAGUUCGACGUUCGAGACGUACACAAGACGAUCAUAGCAGUCGGUGGCCUGACGAAGGGGUCACAGGGCGCGUGGUUCGAUGACGGCGGGGGCGCAGUAUUAAACCCCACGGUGAGCAAGAACAUCGAGGAGCUGAUGAAGGAGGAAGGCGCCGACGAUGCCUGUGAUCCGCCUGGGCUACUGCUUCGUGAUGCCGAGGCGGAGACGGACGUGGUCACGAUCUUGGUUGUGGUUCAGAAGCCAGAGGAUUGCGUAGCGGCGGUCAUGGUGAUUCACAAGGGGCCCAGCGAGUACGUCAAUUCAGCAGUGGAGUCUUACAUCGACGUCUGGGGCCCAGCGGAUAUCAUCCUGAAGGGUGACCAGGGGGCAUCGCUACAGGCAGUGACCACGGCGGUAAAGAACAGCGAGCUGGAGACGAACCUGAGCGUGAAGAUUGUGCCGAAGAGUUUGAUCGUGCCGUGGCUGGCCAGACCUGUGGGUUACUUGCUCACAAGGCGCGACGAGAGUGGCGAGAUCAUUGUGGGGGCGUCACGAGGCAUCGAGCACGCCAGGACUAUGAAGUUAAGUACGCCUGUGGGUCACCAUUUCGGUGAGGUACAUGAUCUGGACGCGGAGGUGACAGGUUGCGAGAUCGUGGCAGGCGGAGACGUAGCACCUACUGCACCAAGGCUGGAGGGACCCAUGGAGAUAGGUAUUAUCAUGCCGAUCUCGAGGGAAGGAGACCGACGCGUCUACGAGGAGAUCGAGCCAAUGGUCAACUACGAGAAGCCGGUUGGAAAUGGAGUCUACAGAGACGCAUAUACAGGAGAAGAGUUGCUUAAGGAGCUGGUCGUCAACGGAAGGGCGAAGGAGAUGAAGAGCAUGGAAGAGUUCGAGGUAUUCGAAUGGGUACCGUUCGGGGAUUGGAUGCAGCCGUUCGACACCAAAUGGAUCGACAGCAAGAAGUACGACUUACAAACGGGUGAGUGGAUCGUGAGGCGCAUUCUGAAGCAGAAGAGGCUGGUACGAUACUUGAAAGGGGCAGCGGGCAUGGUGAUUUUCUACCCGUACCUAGAGGCCGCGUUCAAGGUGACAGCGCCGGCAGACGCGGACUGGGCAGGUAUGAUUCACAGAUGCGGAGUUGGGCGUGUCAGACAUCUACAGACAAAGUGGAUAUGGCAUCGAGACCUGGUGCGCGACGGAGAGAUUGAGAUGGAGAAGGUAAAUGCGAAAGAGCAGGUUGUGGACAUCGGAACUAGGCCGAUGGACGAGGAGACGCUCAAGAGGCAUCUGAAGACGCUUUGGCUGAUCUCAAUUACCGCCACGAGCCGCAAGAGACCCGAGGUGUUGGUGAAAGUGCUGGCCGCUAUGGCAAGCACCUCAGCUACGGAGGCCUCGGUGGGCUACUACUAUGGUGACGGCGUUAACAUCAACGUGAGCAUUGCGAACGAGUUCAGUUGGUGGAGCUGUUUAUCGCACCCGCUGGGUACGAUGAUUGCAGAGGCUGUGAGCUACUCUGUGCUUGUGGUGAAGGCGAAGCAAGAUGGAGUUGUGGGGGGAGACACGGGCUACGCCGUUUCGACCAGUAUAAUACGAGGCGGGGGUUUUGCCAGGACGCCGUCGAAGAGGCGAGGCCGUGACGUUUCGCCCGAGUCGGAGCUGCACGCGAAGAAGAAGAUGAUGUCCGUGAUUCUUCAGGGGCCUGUGACAUACAAGAGCAGGAGUAAGGGCUACAGAUACGCUGAUGGUCGAGACACGCCCCUUGUCAUCGCAAGACUGGGGGGCCUGGAGUUUGAGUUAGAUCUGGUGCACAUACCCUGGAUGUACAGUAUGACUUUGCCCGACUACUACGACAAGGAGAUCAUCGAGAUGCUGACUCCCGCACUCAACCCCGGCUCCGACCCCCGCUGGGCCCGCGUCAACGUUGAGGCGUAUCGCACAACGGCCAUGGACGCUAUCUCUGCAGCAGACCUACCGCGACCGCCAGAAGAGCUCAGCAACCACAUUGAGACAUCCAUGUUGGAAGCAACGACAAAAAGCAUUGCGGAGCCGGCGCAACUGAUACCGCACCUCUCGACCAACGUGCACUUCCAAGCGCUGAUCCAGCAGAGGCGCAACAUCCCGAAUGACAAUGCACAGUCCCGACGCGACGUCAGCAAGCAAAUCCGACAAGAGAUGCGACGGCAAAAACGAGCAACACGACGUGCGCAGAUCAGCACCAUACUCGAGGACUACCGUGGACUCAAGCGCAUCACGACCAUCAAAUCAGGGCGGAAGCGUACACUAAUCACGGAAAUGCGCGGCAAGGGCGACGCGAAGCAUGCCAGCAGAGACUCAAUUGCGAACGUAUUUGCAGAUUUCUACGAGAAUUUGUAUCACACUCCACUCGAGGUUUGCAAGCUGUGCCAGGCUCUGCUGGACAUGAUCCGUUGCAGCACUCACCCUGGCACUUGCCAUGCUGUGUACACCAUGCUGGCGCUGAGCGUUGCGAGAAUGCUGGAUUAUGACAUGCGGCUUUGCCCACCGUGGGCGCUAACGUCAGCCUUACAGCGCGCGGCGGCAGCAGUGCAGGAGGUCUUAGAGGCGCUCGCGGCGCAGCGCCUCGACCUCGACAGCAUGGCCAUCGCGGGCGUGCACACCUUCCUCGGUGGCUUCGGCAUCUGGCCGGCUGAUUUGCCGCAUGCGCGGGUGGCAUAUUGGGCUUGCCACGUUGCAGUCCAGGCUGAUGUGACUGAGGUCGCGUCCCGGCUUGGGCGCCCUGCCGCGGUGCACCCCGACGCACCCCUCGCUGCCCGUGCGCGGGACGAGCUCGCCAGCUGCGGCCUCCAGCUCUGCCCCAGGCGCAUCGACUUCACGGCCGAUGCGCGGCUCGAGUAUGAAGCCGGCCCCUGGGUUACCGAGCUGUCCGCGGAAACGGUGUUUGACUUCCACGCCGAGGUAGACGAUGCCCCUGGCGGCCAUAUGCCCCUGCUGCUCGCGAGCCAGGACCCUGCUACGGAGGGGCAUGACUUGGGCGGUCGGCGGCGGCUUGCCGCGAGGGCGUACCGCGGCCUCGCCGCCCUCGCGGCGACGCGCCUCUGGGGCCGGCUGUCAGCAGCGCGCCAGGCACGCCUGCUGGCCGGCGGUGGGCUCGGAGCCGGCUUCUGGAAUGGUUUUCUGCGCGAGGGGGAGACGGCGCUCACCGACGCCGUUUUCGUGGUCAUGUUCAGGCGCCGCCUUCUCCUCAACUUGCUGAGCGCCCCGGUGGCGUGCGCCUUCCGUUAUUCGGGCGCCGCCGGCGACGAGCGCGCGGGCACGUGCUGUGGGCGACCCCUCGACGUCGCGGGCUUGCAUGCCUGGCAGUGCCCUGUUGGGCCACACCGCAUACGGCUGCACAACGAGAUCGUGCGGACCUUGGCGGAGUGGAUCUCAUCGCACGGCGGUUACGCCGACCAGGAACGCUGCGUGCCAGAACUUUACCAGCAGGAGGCUGGCAGCGAGCUGCGCGAGGCCCGCUUGGACCUGGUGGUCAGUUGGCUGGGCAUGCCAGUGCCGGUCCGGAUGGACGUUACGUUCCGCUCCGCCGAUCCCUCGGGGCCAGCAGCACGCACGAUCGGCCAUGCCGCCAUUGGCGCUGAGACGCACCAGCGGGAGCGUUACGGCGACGCUGUCGUGCCCUUCGCUGUGGAGGCCGAGGGGCGGCUCGGCCCACAGGCGCAGCGCUUCGUCGCGGACAUGGCAGCCGCGGCGCGCCGCGUUGCAGUGCUCCCUGGCGAGGCGAGCGGGCGCCUGGGCAGCGACUUCGCGCGGAAGCUCUCGGAGCGGUUGUCAGGUGACUUGACGGCCCGGAUGGCCGACCUUCUGUUGGCCGCGGCAGAGGGCGCUGGCGUGGGGCCGUGGCUGGGGGCGCGCCAGCUGCUGAUGGCGGCGCUCGAUGUGGUCGACGUGCGGACGGACAUGCGGCUGCAGAGGUUCGAUGGCGCUGAUGAGAGGUGGGGAGACUGGAGUCUCAGGUUCGAGGCCUACACGGCGCUGCUCGGCAUGGGGGAUCUCAUGACCGAGGCGGCCAAUCGGCGGGAUCCGCUGCCGAACGACCAGCUUGGUGACCUCGCGAGGGCAGUGAGCCAACGGCUGUGGCACCUGCUGAUCACGUGGCGCGACGGCAAGUCGCCGGGAGUGGUCGAGCUCUCGCGGAAGAACGGCCUCGAGGCGUGGCGCCAGCUCAAGAUAGAGUACGAGAGCAGGUCAGGCAACCGGUGGACGGCCAUGUUGCGAUUCAUCCUGAACCCCCAGGACAAGUGGGCGAAGGACCGAGAGUCGGGCAUCGACUUCUUUCAGUCGCUCACUGCCUGGGAGGCUAUCGUGGCAGAGUACGUGGACCAGAGUGGCGAGGCCGUCUCAGACAACGUGCGAGUGAGCGUGCUGCUGGAGCACGCGCCAGAACCAUAUCGUGAAGUUCUUCGGCAGGCUCCUGAGGAUGUGAAGCUCGCGUUCAUCGCGGCUCGGAGUCACAUCCGAGGUUACUACAAUCAAGGCAAAUCUCAGGGCAAGGUCGGCAAGAUGGGCAAGACGGACAAGUCAGGAAGGACUGGCAAUAACCCGAAGGGUGGCAAGGACUCGAAGACCAAGUCGAAGAAUCGUGACGGCAAGCACGGACACGGCAAGGGACAGGCAGAGCACUUCGAGGGCGAGUGCGGCCACUGCGGCAAGUGGGGCCACAAGCGCGCGGACUGCAGGAAGAAGAAGGCAGACGACGCCAAGAAGGAGACUGGUAACACGCGGGCAGUCCAGGGCGAUGCGGCGGCAGCGGGCUCUGGGCAGCAGCAGUCGGACGGCACGGUGGCGAAGUUCGGCGGCUCCAUCCUGAUCGACAGCGGCAGCGACGACCACCUGUGCAGGCACAUGUUCGUCCCAGAGGCCCCAGUCAACAGCGCGGCAGACGCGCCGAGGCUCUUCGACGUGCAGCAGAAGCCGUUGCCGACGGCUGGCCUUCGGGGUGUUGAGAUGACGAUGCAGGAGGGCAUCAAGGCGACGGCGGACUUUCUCGCCGCCGACGUGAACGACGACCUGCUGAGCAUGGGCAAGCUGCUCAGGCAGGGCUGCAAGUUCAAUCUCAGUCUGGAGGAUGGGCUCUACAUGACGAAUGGCCAUCGCAGCGUGCAGCUGGAGCUCGAGCGGAACAGCCUCAGGCUCCCGAUCGUGUCCGCGGGGCCCGCGGCAGCUGCGCACCAUUGCCGCGGCGCGGCAGAGCAGCAGGAGGUGGCGACGGCACCAGUGCUCACGGCGGAGAGCUCGGUCGGCGCGCUGAGGACCAGGCUGAGGGAGUUGUUCAUGCCGAUUUACGGCGCGAAGCUUGAGCUGUGGGAACGGCUCAUCGUGGCAGAGGCAGCCCACAGGCGCGCGGAGGCAGAAAAGCAGCACAAGCUGGCAGUGAAGGAGCAGCUCGGGAUUCAUCACGACCCCGUCGAGGCGAGGCAGCUCCCUGUACCGAAGGCCCCGAGCGCGGAGGAGGAGAGGCAGCAUCGCCUCACGCAUCUGCCCGCUGCGCCGUGGUGCGAGGAAUGCGUCAGGGGCAAGGCCCCAGACGCCCCUCACUCGCUGGUCAGGCUCGAGGACUCGGAUCAGAAGCACCCGCUCAUCAGCUACGACUUCGGCUUCUGCAAGACGGCCGACGAGGAGGGGGACCUGACCAAGGUCGAAGAUACCUACGCGACGAUGCUCGUGGGGUUCAGCUCGGACACGGGAGUGGUGAAGGUGAUUCCAUGUCCAUCGAAGGCAGCAUCGCCAUACGCGAUUGCAGGCAUCAAGUCAUUUGUGCAGCGGCUCGAGACUGGCAAGUGCAGGCUCAGGACAGACACUGAGCAGGCGACGAAGGCCAUCCUAGACGGCGUGGUCAGCGAGCUCACGGGCAGGAUCACACCAGAGCUGACCCCGAAGCACAGCAGCCAGUCGAACCCAGCGGAGGCAGCGGUGAAGAUCGUCGAGGGCCAGACGCGGGCUCUCAGGCUGGACCUCGAGAAGCGCUACGGCACCAAGGGCGACAUCUGCAACUUCGGCGAGGCGGUGCUGUAUCGGAUUGCGCGGCCUGCGCAUCGAGGUCUCGCUGGAGGACGACGUCUACGCCGAGGCGAGGCCCAGUGGGGCGGAGGGAUCUGGGUCGGCAGAUCGGACGAGUCUCAGGAGCACCUGGUGGUGACGCCUCGGGGGCUCGACCGCGCGCGGACGGUGCGACGGCUCCCUGAGGGGAAGCAGACGGACAAGGAGCUCCUGCUGACGGUGACGGGGCUACCCUGGGCUGCGAGGGCGGCUCCCGAGAGGUCGAAGCGCAGGCGGGCACCGCAGCAGGUGGCGACGGAGCUCCCGAAGGCGGAUGCACAACUCCAGCCUGGUGCUCCACAGCCACAGCAGCCAGGGCCACCUGAGGGCGGAGCGGCGCCUGCUCAGCCCCAGGCGCCGCAGCAGGCACCUCCUGCGGCAGCGGCGGCCCCGCCGCAGCCGCAGCCUCCAGCGCCAGCGCCGCCGGCGCCGAGUGACGUGGUGAUGGGGGCGGCGCCCUCGCAGGCAGCGAGGCGCGAGGUCUCGCCUGCGGCGGAAGUUUCAGAAGGCAAGCGAGCGCGAGUUGCGGCAGUCCACGCGCUGGACGUCGGCAACGUGGACGACUCGCCCGACGCGUUCUGGGAGGAGGUCUCAGACGAGGUCGAGGACCCGACGGACGGCAUGUUCGACGUGGACAUGCAGGACGAGCUGGACAAGAGGCUCACGCUGGAGCACCUGCAGAGCCUCCUGGACCACGGCGUCGGCGAGGACAUCCCCAAGUCGGAGGCGAGAGGGAUGAAGCACAUCACCACGCGCUGGGAGAAGCAGUGGAGGUGGAAGCCAGCGCUGCGGGACUUACUGGGCAGAAUGCUGUCAGGCCCCACCGUCGGCGCAUUCACCGCACUCAAGAGGCUCGUGAGGUACUUGCUCGGCACGAGGGAUGCGGUGAACUGGCUACCGAGACCGACGGAGGGCACGAACGUGGAGCUGGUUGGCUUCGGCGACAGCGACUGGGCGGGCGACCUGCAGACGAGGAGGUCACAGUCGAGCGGCAAGAUCGAGAUCGACGGAGUUCCCAUGCACUCGUUCAGCAGGCGCCAGGGCAUCGUGGCCACCAGUUCGGGAGUUGCAGAAUACUACGCGGCGACGGCGGUCGCCGAAUACAUACUCUACUUCAAGUCGCUCCUGGAGUUCAUGGGCUUCUCAGUGGCGGCUACUCUGCUGACGGACUCGUCAGCUGCCCGAGGUAUCGCCCGACGGGAAGGAGUUGGAAAGGUUCGGAGUCUGGAGGCGCGAGUGCUCUGGCUCCAGCAGGCGAUCAAGCGGAAGCUGAUGGGCCUCGGGACCGUCGGCACCGACGAUAACAAAGCGGACCUGGGCACGAAGAUCCUCGGACACGAUCGCUUCGUCAAGCUCAGGGCGCUCAACGGCAUCUACGCGGACAUGGGCCAGGUCGCGGAGAGCGACCAGCAGUCGGAGGAGGUGGACAUCGACGUGGGGGCGGCUGCGCGGGUGCGGCGGUCAAGGAGCGCGGCAGGCUCUCCUGGUGCCAAUCGCUCGGCGGCCCUUGCAAUGAUCACGGCAGCGGCGACGCUCUUGCAGGGAUGUGAGGGCCAGACCGCUCACUACGACGGCUACUACUACGACACGGAGGUUUGCUCCAAGGACGGCAUUGUCGCGAGCGACUGGACGAGCUACUUUCUGAUAGUGGUCGUCUGGGCGUUGGUCGUGGCCGCCGUCAGCGGCUAUGCGGGAUUCCGCUACGCCGGCUUGCGGGAUCCAGAAUGGCUCCUGGUCCCGCCCGAGCCCGAUACGACGCUGAAGGAGAUGCGGCCCGCGGACAUGGUGGACGCUACCAUUCCCAGCGUGCCAGCCUCGUCGGUGAUGACGCGACCGAGUCAGACGAGGCGGAGUGUGAGCACGCAGUCGCAGACAACGUACAAGUGGAAGUGGGCAGCUCCGCGGUUUCAGCCAGUGCAGGACCACGCACACGGUGUUUUCCUUGAAGUGCGCGUGGACAACGCCAGAGGACUUUUCUUGGACUGA